AUUCUUCUUAAAAAAAAAAUAUAUAUAUUGUAAUUAUUUUUUUCCGACAAAUUUAUUGUUGAGAUCACAAUCUUCGUCUUCUUCAAUGAAGCAAUGAAUCGAUCCCUUGGACUCUGCAAUGAUUUGAUAAAUUCGAUAAACAAAAAAUAUUGAUAAGUAUAUAAGAAAUUGGGACAAAGAAACCCUAAUUUUGUUGAAAAUGUCAACAACAGAAGUUCCUCCUCCUUUUCAAGAAGCAGCACGAUGUGUUGUCUGCAGUUGCAGUUUCAACACCUUCCGGAGACGGCAUCAUUGUCGUUGUUGUGGGAGAACAUUGUGCAGCGAACAUUCAUCGGAUCAAAUGGCUUUACCACAAUUUGGCAUUUACUCGAAUGUACGUGUAUGUGCUGAUUGUUUCAACAACUCUCGAUCUGGGAAGGGUGUACGACAAACUUCUACAGACGGAGUAAACAGCAUAACAGAUGCUGUUUCUGAAUUAGAUAUUGAUGCAAAUGUUGAUUCAAAAAGAAAACCAACUGCAGAUAAUAACCUUGCAUCAGGCGUUAAAGAGUGUAAGUGUGGAAUGCCUCUUUGCAUUUGUGAAGCUCCUCCCCCUUCCUCUUCUGCAGUUCCCCAAGAGAAGAAGUCCAUCCCAGUUGUUACAGCUCCAUCAAAUCCUAAACCUAAGAAGACAGAUAAUGCUUCAAAAAGUAGAAGCUCCAGUUCCACGAACAAGUUUAGUUCUAUGUUUAACCCUGGUCAUGUAACUACUGGUACCUCAAACAGACCCCAGAUUGAUUAUGAAGUUAAUGGGGAGGGUUUACGAGAAGCAAUAAAAAAUGGUGACAUUGCUGCUGUCAAAAAACUUCUUAAUGAGGGUGUGGAUGCUAAUUACAGAGAUAAGCAGGGACUGUCUUUAUUGCAUUUGGCUGCAGUUUUCAAUCAAACUGAUAUAGUUUUCAUUCUCAUGGAUUCGGGGGCAAACCUGGAGUAUAAAAAUGCACAAGGAGAAACACCUUUAGACUGUGCUCCUGCUACACUGCAAUACAAAAUGAAAAUGAAGAUGCAGGAAAGUGGAGCAAUGGAUCAAAGGAUUUGAAUAGUCUACUACUUUUAUUUGUAGUCUUCUUAUGUGGUUCCCCAAAGAAAGCUUCGAACAUACCGGCAUUUAAGUUGUGAUACGGCUCUCUGGGUGAAAGCAGAAUGAAACUCUCUGUUACACAAUAUAUUGUGACAGAACUGAAGUUCAAAUCAUCUCUUUCUGACUGAGAGUAUGUCAACUUAUGUAAGACACAUCAUAGACAUUAUCCAUAUUAAAUUUGUUUGGUGUAUGACAUAAAGAGCAUUUUUUUAGAAUGCAUGUGUUGUUGACCUGUACUAUCUUUCUCUGUACCACCCUGGGCAUUUUUUAAAGGGUAAUCUGAUCUAGUAUUACUCUUUCCACCCAUCCUAAUGGAUGAUUUUAA